AUGUCAUCUUCCUUCGCAGCGUUUUUUGUGCUCCUAAUCCUAUUCUAUGGAAACUGCAGGUGCAAUGCAACAGAAGAUACUGAACUCUGUUCUCGCUGGUGUGGGAUUCACAACAUAACCCACCCUUUCCGGUUACAAGACAGUCCAGACACGUGUGGUGAUACGAGGUACAACCUAUCCUGCGAGGACAACCAAUUGAUGCUCUAUUUGGGCUUCGGAAAAUACCAUGUUAAGUCGAUUAAUUACGACAACUACACAAUUCGAGUAGUGGAUGUUAAUGUUGGAGCGCAUGAUUACUCUUCCCUCCCUUCUUACUCUUUGGGACAAUACAAUUUCAAUGAAUAUGAGCCAUAUCGAGUGGAUCGGGAUUAUCGCAGCAACAUUUUGGCGAAGUCUAUGAUGUAUUUGUGGUGUCCAAGUCGAGUGGAUUCAUGUGAUCUUUACGUUGGGGACAAUGAAAGUUGCGUAUGGUAUGCGAUUGGGAGCACUUUCUAUCUGAAUGUUGAUGGAAGACCAAUUCGGGAUUUGGGGCUGAGAGACUCGUGUCGGAUAGAGUUGCAGUAUAUGACAUCGUGGCCUAAUGAAAUCAGCCACGGAAACAUUUCAUGCACUGACAUACAUGAAAUGCUGCUUUAUGGUUUUGAACUUUCUUGGGUUAAUAGUCUCUGUCCAGUUAAUUCGUACUUCGUACUCGCCCACGAUCCCCAACCUCUCUGUUUACGUCUUCCAGGUUUGCUUCCCCUUUUGGCUGCUAUAUUUUGUGGUGCCAAGAUGAUAUUUGGAGCUCCAUGUGUCACUGCUUUAUUUAUCUACAAAUGGCGACGAAGGCAUUUGUCUAUUUAUGAUAGCAUUGAAGAUUUUCUACGAAGUGAUAAUAACAUUAUACCCAUAAGGUACUCUUACAAAGACAUCAAGAGGAUAACAAGGCAAUUCAAGAUUAAACUAGGGAAUGGAGGCUAUGGUUCAGUCUUCAAAGGACAACUUCGAAGUGGACGUGUUGUAGCUGUUAAGAUAUUGAAUAAAGCCAAAGCCAAUGGCGAGGAAUUCAUCAACGAAGUUGCUACCAUUGGUAGGAUUCACCACAUUAAUGUGGUGCAACUCAUUGGUUUUUGUGUGGAGGGAUCAAAUCGUGCUCUUAUAUAUGAGUUCAUGCCAAAUGGAUCUCUUGAAAAAUACAUUUUCUCUCAUGAAGAGAGUUCUUCCUUAAGUUGUGAUAAAUUGUAUGACAUAUCUCUUGGAGUGGCCCGUGGCAUUGAAUACCUACAUAAUGGAUGCAACAUGAAAAUUUUACACUUUGACAUAAAGCCUCAUAACAUUCUUCUUGAUGAGAAUUUCAAUCCAAAAGUUUCUGAUUUUGGUCUUGCAAGAUUUUGUCCUAAUAAUAAUAGCAUUGUGUCUUUGACAGCAGCAAGAGGAACUAUAGGAUACAUGGCACCUGAACUCUUCUAUAGAAAUGUUGGUACAAUCUCCUACAAAGCUGAUGUUUAUAGCUUUGGCAUGUUAUUGAUGGAGAUGGCCAGUAGAAGAAAGAACUUGAAUGUAUUGGCUGAACAAUCUAGCCAAAUUUAUUUCCCUUAUUGGGUGUAUGAUAGGUUACAUGAUGGAAGGGAAAUUACAAUUGAAAAUGACACAGAAGAGGAGAUGAAACUGGCAAAGAAAAUGAUAAUUGUAGCCUUGUGGUGUAUACAAACAAAGCCAGGUGAUCGUCCUCCAAUGGAUAAAGUGUUAGGGAUGCUUGAAAAAGAUGAAGAAUUACGAACGCCAAGUAAACCUUUUUUAUAUCCACAAGAUCUAUCAAAUGAGGAUACUAGAAAUCAUUGUAGUUUAGGAUCAUCCUAUGAUGUAUCAGUAAGUAAAUCCACGAAGUCAAUUUGA